AUGGGAUGUGGUGCCAGCGCAAAGCCCACCAAGCCGCCCGAUCCGCCUUCGGAGACGGAGAAGGCGGAACGCAAGGCGGACCAUAGUGAGGAUAAGAAGGCGGCACAGCUGGAAAACAAGGAAUAUGAAGCGCGCAUGCGAUUCUUGGACCAGGUGCCGUUGAUGAAGCGCUUGCCCCGGGAUGAACGUCCCAUCGUGGCCGAAGCGUGCGAAGCCUGCGAGUUCCAAAAUGGGGAUGUCAUCAUCCAACAGGGAGACCCAGGCGAUGCGUUCUACGUGAUUCGCUCGGGUGAAGCGCGGGUCUUCGUGCAGACCAACGAGGGCCAGGACCAGGUAGCUUCACUGAAGGGUGGAGACUACUUUGGUGAGAAUGCGUUGUUGCGGGAUGAACCGCGCACCGCCACCAUCAUCGCGUCCAGUAGGUUGCUGGCCUUUAGGAUAAGAAGAGACAAGUUCCAGGAGCUUGGCCUGAAUGCCAAGUUGCAGUUUGCCAAUCGCAAAGCCGUGGGCACCGGGAUGAAGGUUAUGGUGAAAAGCAAACCACCAACGCCAAAAACUCCAGAAGAUGUUGAGCUCAUCUCAUUAGCUCUACAAAAGAAUGAGAAUUUGGCGACGAUGACCACGCUGGAUUCCUCACGGCUUCAAUCUUUUAUCGAAGUCAUGUGGAAGGAGGAAGUGAAGGCAGGCGAGCGCAUCAUCUCCGAGGGUGACAUGCAGGCGGACUAUUUCUACGUGGUCGCUGAAGGUCAGUUUGAGGUUACUGUGUCAGAUGCCAGUAACGAGGAAUCAGGCGUGGACCACUCGGAAGCCAAGGCUGAAUUUCAUCAGAGGACCAUCAGCCAUGUGGCGCCUGGCGGUAGCUUUGGGGAGUUAGCCCUGCUGUACUUCGUGCCGCGUGCCGCCACCGUGACGGCCUCUACGGAUGCAACGGUGUGGGUCAUCGACCGGACUCAGUUCAAAAGUAUUUUAAUGAAGGCUUCCGAUUCAAAGAUCAGAGCGUAUGUGAAAUAUUUGGACAAAGUUUCAAUUUUAGAUGCGCUGCUGGCCGAAGAAAAGAAGCAAGUGGCCAACGCAUUGGUGGAGAUGCACUUUGCCUCCGAAGAUCGGAUCAUUCAGCAGGGCGAGCCCGGCAACAUGUUCUACAUCAUGUAUGAGGGUGAUGUGGACAUCGACAAGGAUGGCGAAGUCGUGGCCACCCUGUCUGCCAAGAGCAAGAGUGGCACGGUGCACUUCUUUGGAGAGAUGGCACUCCUGGAGAAUGAGAAUCGCACUGCCACCGUGACGGUGAAGUCACCGGAUGCCAAGUGUUUGGUCUUGGACCGGGAAUCCUUCAAUCUCCUGCUGGGCCCCUUGAAAGAUAUCAUUGAAGCUGCCCGAGAGGGUAGACAAAGACCUGAGCGAGCUGCUCCGGAAGCUCAAGGCUGUCUAGCUGAGAACCGCACCAAGAUCAAGCGCAGCGAUCUGAAGCGCAUCGGCUUACUGGGCUGUGGUGGCUUUGGAGCCGUGGAGCUAUGGGAGCAUUCCAAGACAGGUCAGACCUUCGCGUUGAAGGCCAUCAGCAAAGGAUAUAUUGUCAAGACGGGGAUGCAGGAGAGUGUCAUGAACGAAAAGUCCAUUCUGGCAAUGACCAAUUCCCUAUUCAUUACCAGGCUGUACGAGACUUACAACGGCACUCAAACGCUGUACUUCCUCCUCGAGCCCUGCCUUGGCGGUGAGUUGUACUCCACCUAUGUGCGGAAGAGCAUGUAUGGUUCAGAGAAGCACUGUAGGUUUUAUUCAGCCGGUGUAAUCUUGGCUUUCGAGCACAUGCACCAGAGAAGGAUCAUCUACCGAGAUCUCAAGCCAGAAAACUUGCUCCUGACAGAGGAUGGGCAGCUGAAGGUAACAGAUAUGGGUCUUGCGAAGUUCGUCAUCGGUAAGACCUACACCACCUGUGGGACGCCGGACUACUUUGCUCCAGAAGUCAUUGCAUCUACUGGUCACACCAACGCAGUGGACUGGUGGACCCUGGGCAUCUUAAUCUUUGAGCUCAUGGCCGGGCAUCCACCCUUCGAAUCAGCCUAUCCGAUGCAGAUCUAUGCCAAAGUGACCAAAGGAAUCGGGAAAGUGCCGUUUCCGUCGGCCAUCAAGGCGAACUGCCGCAGCUUGAUUGAGAACCUCUUGAAGAACGAAGCAGUGGAGAGGCUGCCCAUGAAGCCAGGCGGAGUGAAAAAUCUCACGGAGCACAAGUGGUUCUCGGAGUUUGAUUGGGAGGCUCUCAUGGGUCAGACGAUGCCUGUGCCAUACAAGCCAGUGGUUAAAAGCCGAAAAGAUUUGCAGAAUUUCGUGGCGCGAAAGGAAGACGCCCCGAGGACGAUCGAAUAUGUGGAUCCAGGAACUGGAUGGGAUAAGGAUUUUGCAACAUCUCACUGA